UCUCCUUCUGCGACUAGUUUCAUGCUAUUUCCGCGCGUUAACCCGUGAAGGCUCCUUGAUCCCCCUAAACAAAUACCCCACUAACCUCGAUAUGCAAUUUUCUCUCUCCCCCGGCCUCGACCGUUGCAAUAACCUUUGCCUUCGACACUCUCCCUUGUCUCUUAUUUUUGCAGAAAAUUUGCAAGCACGUUUACAACUGAGAUAAGCAAGAAAGGUAGAGGAAGGACAUCAUUAUUGCUCAUUGAAAUCUGAUAGAUAAGCUCGUUUUUUUCAUUCAAUGGGGAGAAUUCCCAAGAGGGCAAACGACGUUUACAAUGGUGCUAUGCUGCUUGCCUCUUCAGAAUUCCUAAAUCGAGCCUAAUCCACUGGCGGAUUCUUGUAUCUUCUGAGAAAUUACAACAAAUCUAAGAUGCCCAAAUGACGAGCAAGGUUGCUAUUAUAUAGGCAUUCAGAAAAAAAAAAAGAUAUCUUCUGACCAUGAAAUCUGGACGUGCUAUGAAUGGAAUUUGAUCAAAUCUGACUCUCCUUGAAUCGUCUUACCUGCCCACUCUAAGCUGUUGAAGUUUUUAUUGUCUAGCAUGGAGCGCACCUUGUAAACAAAGGAUUCAUGCUAAAGAUGCUUAUUGUUGAACCAUGAAGGCAUGGCAAGAAGUAGAGACAGAACUGAGGAUUUUAAGGACACUGUUCGCUCUAUAGCUCUUUCUCUAGGAUAUAAUGAGUCAAAAACGGCAGCUACAUUGGCAUCUUUCAUUAUGCAUAAACCUCGCCAAAGAUCAACUUUCACCAAAGCUGCACUUAGAACGCUCGAAAGCAUCAAAACUUUGGAACAGUUCAUCAUGAAGCACUGGAAGGAUUAUGUGGAUCCACAUCGCGCCACUGAACAAGAAAGGGAUAGUAUUGAGCAUGAAGUUAGUGUCUUCAUAAAAACAUGCAAAGAACAGAUAGAUAUUCUCAAAAAUAGGAUACAUGAUGAAGAUACAAGUGGGAAGUCAAAGGCAUGGCUUAGCAUGCGGAGUGAUAAUUCUCAUGUUGAUAUUGUAGCCCACAAACAUGGUGUGGUUUUGAUUUUAAGUGAGAAACUUCAUUCGGUCACGUCUCAAUUUGACCAACUAAGGGCCAUACGCUUCCAGGAUGCUGUUAAUAAAGCAAUACCUAGACGAAAAAUGCACCAGGUUACCAAUUCAAAUUCACCAAUUAUCUCCAAAUCUAAUCAUUCAGAGGUCAAGGAGCCAGAUGAGCUCCCAUCUGAACAUCUAAGAGUUCAGCAGCAAUUCUUGGAUGAUGAAACGCGUGCUCUUCAGGUGGAGUUGACUAAUCUUUUAGAUACUGUUCAAGAAACUGAAACUAAAAUGGUGGAGAUGUCCGCAUUGAAUCAUCUGAUGGCCACACAUGUUCUUCAACAGGCUCAACAGAUAGAGCUUCUGUAUGAACAAGCAGUUGAAGCUACAAAUAACGUGGAAAUGGGUAACAAAGAGCUCUCUCAAGCCAUGCAGCGCAACAGCAGUAGCAGAACUUUUCUUUUGCUUUUCUUAUUUGUUCUUACUUUCUCAAUCCUGUUUCUGGACUGGUACAAUUAAAUCUUUCUGCAUUUCCAUAAUAUUUUGGUUAUUCACAUCGUUUUCUUUACCUUUUUACCUUCCCUGUAUUUUUUUAUUGGAAUAUAGUUGUCAACGUAUCCAUGACAAAGGUAAGUGGAUUUUCUGAUCUCUACACAUUGA